UUCGAGACGCUUCGGGGACAGAGCGAGUGAGUGAUCUAGGAGAUGCUAAACGCUCUAAGCUUUACAAGGUCAUGAGGUCACCAUCAUCGAAACAUCUAUUUAGCUGCGUCACAACUCACUUCUCAGUCGAUCAUUUUCCCUCAUCAUCCCUCAGCACACCGCUUCUGUUCUUUCGACAAUCUACGCAACCAGGAGAACAGUAACUCUCGCUUGAACUUCACCUAUCUUACCAUCUUCAUAUCUUCAACACAACCCAACAUCGAGGGCAUCUUUCACGACCAGCUGAAGUCAUCAUGAAGUCCGCCACCCUCGCCCUCCUCCUUGCCGCCGCCGGCUCCAUUGAGGCCAUCACCGUCACCGUCCCCUCCGGUGUCACCCUCCCCACCGGCGUCACCUUACCCACCGGCGUCACCGUCGUGACCGCCACCCCAGCCGCCACCGCCAACGGCAAACGCUUCUUGUACGCCCUCGGCCGCGACAAGCGCCAGAUCGCCGGUCUGUCACUACUGACACAGAACGCGGCCGCUACGACCGCUGCCGCCGGCCAGGGUGCGAACAACAACGCCGCCGACGAUGGCGAUGACACCAAGGCUGAUGCCGACGAUGAUUCCAAGGCGGAUGAUGAUUCCAAGAAGGACGAUGAUUCGAAGGAUGAUGAUUCGAAGGAUGAUGAUUCGAAGAAGGAUGAUUCGAAGAAGGAUGAUGAUUCCAAGAAAGACGAUGAUUCGAAGGAUGAUUCGAAGAAGGAUGAUGAUUCGAAGAAGGAUGAUGACUCGAAGAAGGAUGAUGACUCGAAGAAGGAUGAUGACUCGAAGAAGGAUGAUGACUCGAAGAAGGAUGAUGAUUCGAAGAAGGAUGAUGAUUCCCAGAAGAAGGAGAACGAUUCUCACCAGAAGAAUGAUUCCCACCAGAAGGAGGAUGAUUCUCACCAGAACGAGGACGAUUCCCACCAACAGGAGGAUGAUUCUCACGAGAACGAGGAUGAUUCUCACGAGAACGAGGAUGAUUCUCACGAGAAGGAGGGUGAUUCUCACCAGAAGAAUGACUCCCAGAAGGAGGGUGAUUCCCACCAGAACGAGGAUGAUUCCCACCAGAACGAGGAUGAUUCCCACCAGAAGAAUGAUUCCCAGAAGGAGGAUAAUUCCCACCAGAACGAGGAUGAUUCCCACCAGAACGAGGAUGAUUCUCACCAGGAGGACAAUUCUCACCAGGAGGAGGACGAUUCUCACCAGAAGAAUGACGCUGGGAAGGGUGAUGCGAAGGAGAAGAAUGACGCUGGAAAGGGUGAUGCGAAGGAGAAAAAGUUCAGGUUUAAGCGGGAGUAAGUGGGCAUGUACUCACUUGUACUGUGGGUUAUCAGUCGUCUAGAUGGAUCUGAAGAAUGGCUGAAGUGACAACGGGGAGGAGCUGGUUCAAGUCACUGGUAUCUGGAGUGGUUUGAUUGACAUCGGAUGGUUUAAAAAGAA